CUUUGACACGGGUAUGCUAAUGUUCCAUCGCAGCUUUGCGUACAUGGAGAUCAAUCUCAUCAUGGCCAAAAUGUUCUGGAAGUACGACCUGGAGCUAGUCGAUAAGGAGCUGGACUGGGACAAGCAGAGUCAGCUGCAUGUCAUGUGGUGGAAACCGGAGCUGAGGGUUCGCUUUAAGGAGCGAAAGAGGGCUAGCUGAAGGUGAAGUGAAGGCAAACAAGGUCGAUCUGGAUCUGCGCCCGUGGUGCUCUUGAUAAGACGACGCUGUAUAGUGGCGAGUUGAAAGGGAUUCUUCAAAGUUCCUGAUUUCGCAUCGACGGCGUUCUUGUAGCGUUCUUAAAGGGCUUCUUAGAGGUGCGGAGAUCCAUGCUCUUGACUGUCGGAAGUCCAAUGUGCAAACCGCAGUUGCACCCCCUUUCCGCCCUUCCAAACUGAAUCCACAAUGUCUUCGCAUAUCGAAGUGCCACGAGUAAUGUUACGAACGCAGGUUUCCGGCUCUGAGAUGCGGGAUCUGCCAGGAUUAACUUUGACUUCGGUCUGCGCAGACGCCGUAGAUAUGGCUAGUUAGGGCCGAAAGGGGCAUGGUGCCAUCGACCACAAUGUGUUGGCAUAUGAUCCGAUUCUAUCACACCCUCUCAAAUGAUAGCUUGAUGCUCGAAGUUGUCGAGAAAGAAGAAGAAGAGGAAGAGGAGGCAGAAGAAGUUCUUUCCAAUCAUACGCUUCUUCAAUUUUUCUCCCUCGCCCUCCCGUCACGCAAUGAUCAACGGCGGAGGGUUGCAGCAGCAACAGCAGAUCCAUCAAGAGAAACCAGCAAACGAAAAGAGUGAUGAGGACUCUGUACUGCAAAGCCAGAUCGCUGCGCCGGAGAACUGGCCCAGCCCAGGCCAAUUCUUUUGGAGCUGCACAAGCAAGUCUGACCGACUCGUGCUUGUUAUUGCAACCAUAGGAGCUGUAGUAGGGGGUGCUGCUUCGCCCUUCUCCGUCGUACUUCUUGGUUUUGGUGGAGAAUCCUUUCGAGGCUACUUCACGGGUGAAACGACAAAGACGGAGCUCCUGGAAGGUAUCAAUCGACUCACUCUCCUGUAUCUGUGCCUCGCAAUCGUCACCCUGGUCGCAAUCUACAUCGCCACCGUAGGAUUCACGCUCGCAGGGGAGCGGAUCUCACAGCGAAUCCGUGAGAAGUACUUGGCCGCAGUGCUUCGGCAGAAUAUUGCCUAUGUGGAGACCCUCGGGGUGGGCGAGGUCAAUAAACAGCUAACGACAGAUGUGUACUUGAUUCAGGAGGCCAUCACGGGCAAGGCAGCAGCGCUUAUUACUGCUCUGGGCACAUGUAUCUCGGCGCUCAUCAUUAGUUUCAUCAAGAGCUGGCUCCUGGCCCUGGUGAUCAUCCCAGCAGAGCUGGUUAUAGUUGCAUCCAUGAGCACGGGGGCAGCCUUCAUGAUUAAGUACACCAAACAGGCGGUCGCUGCCUAUACGUUGGCAGCCAAUAUAUCGGAUGAAGCAUUAGGCUCUAUGAGGACUGUGGCCGCCUUUGGAAUGCAACGCUCGCUGGUCCACCGCUAUGCCACACACAUUGCCGUUGCACGAGCGGCGGGCAUCCGAAGUGGUGUGGCUCUCGCCUGCAUGAUAGCAGCUCUGAACAGCAUCAUCUGGUGGACAUAUGGCUUGGCAUUCUGGCAGGGGUCCCGGUUUCUCGUCCAAGAUAAAGUCUCCCUGUCUGCUAUCAUCACCGUCCUUUUCGUCACCAUCUCGGGUGCGUUUGCUCUGGGCAACGUCAGUCCCCAUGCUCAAGCGUUUGUGGACGGCAUCAUGGCAGCCGACAAGAUUUCGCAGAUGAUCAGCCGCCAAUCGCCGGUAGAUUCCAGUUCAAGCACGGGCUACACACUGCCCAGAGUCGCCGGUGCAGUAGAAUUCAAGCAUGUCCGGCACGUAUAUCCAUCCCGCCCAGAGGUCCUCGUUCUCGAUGACUUCAGCCUUACUUUCCCACCAGGAACGACAACAGCGAUCGUCGGCCACUCUGGCUGCGGCAAAAGCACCAUCGUAGACUUAUUGGAGCGACUGUUUCUACCUACCAGCGGCAGCAUAUAUAUUGACGGGCACGAUACCUCCAAGUUGAACGUCUCAUGGUUGCGGCAGCAAAUCGGAUUGGUUGGUCAAGAAGCAACUCUAUUCUCUACCACUAUCUUUGAGAACAUCCGGUAUGGCCUGGUCGGCUCCGAAUCGGAACACUUGCCUGUCGAAGCAAUACGACAUCUGGUCGAGGAGGCAGCGAAGACGGCAAAUGCGUAUGACUUUAUAUCCAAGCUACCGGAAGGCUUCGAUACCAAGGUAGGAGACUGUGGCUCCCUGCUAUCAGGAGGCCAGAAGCAGCGGAUAGCAAUUGCCAGAGCGAUCGUGAGACACCCGAAGAUCCUCGUGUUGGAUGAGGCAACGUCCGCCUUGGAUGGCAAUGCAGAACGUCUCGUGCAAGAAGCGUUGCAACAAGCGGCCAUAGGUCGCACCACUAUUGCAAUUGCCCACCGACUUUCGACCAUCGCAGACGCGGAUAACAUCGUCGUCUUGUCGAAAGGGACCAUUGUGGAGCAAGGUACGCACCAAGCACUGAUGCAGAAGGGGGAACUCUACUGCCAGAUGGUCGGAAAUCAAAACAUGCAAGCGGCCAUGCCUCAUGCCCUGGAAAGCGACAAGACCUUAACGAAGCAGGAAACUCUACCGAAGGUAGUGACUAUGGAAGUCUCCUCGGAUUUUGGCCAUGAAAGCGGCAGCCAGCCAGAUUCCAAACCCAGUGCUGCUGUGUCCAUCUGGAGUCUGGGACUGUUUGUGUUCCGACUGAAUAGUAAAGACCUCCCCCUGAUCCUCUGCGGUCUGGGCUUCUCUAUUAUGGCGGGAGCUAGCUUCCCCACCCAGGCAGUCUUCAUGGCCGAGAUCUUCACUGCUAUGUCGGUGGGUAGGUCCAGAUACGAUGAGCUCCGAAGUCAAGUCAACUAUUGGUGCUGGUUCUACUUGAUGAUUGGAUUCACUACGGCCAUUGGAUGGCUAGGCCAGGGGGUCUGCCUCACUUUUUACUCACAAGAACUGACGUACCGCACGCGAGAGAAGGGCCUGGAUACGAUAUUGCACCAUGAUAUGAGUGCGUUUCUCCAAGACGACCAUACUGUGGCGGCUCUGUCAAAGGCGCUUUCCAGUAGUUCCAGCCACCUCGAGGGACUCGGCGGCUCCCUGGGUGGAACCAUUCUGGUAGUCUGCACUCAACUCAUUGCUGGACUCGCCCUUGGCUUGGCCGUUGGUUGGAAACUUGCGCUAGUUUGUGCCUGUACCAUUCCGGUUCAACUCGUGUGUGGGGCCCUCCGGCUGAAGUGUCUGGCGUUGCUAGAGGCCCAUGGGCGCAAGGUAUAUGCAGCAUCUGCAGCGUACGCGUGCGAGUACAGCACCAACAUUCGGACCGUGGCAACGCUCACACUCGAGAAGGACAUUCAGCAGAACUUCCAUCGCAUCUUGGAGACCCAGCGCAAGCGAUCUCUCGUUUCAACGAGCCAUUCUGCGCUACUGUACGCAGUCUCUCAGUCAGUGACGUUCAUGUGCGCUGCACUCGCGUUCUGGUAUGGCAAUCGGAUGAUCGUGAACGAGGGUUACACCAUGUUUCAGUUCUUCGUCUGCUACGCGGCGAUUGUCGAAGGAUCCUUUUCUGCGGGUGCCAUCUUCUCGUUUGCUCCUGAUAUGGGCAAAGCGAAGGAGGCUGCGCGAGAGCUCAAGGCGUUGUUCGAGUUGCCAGUGAACAUUGAUGCUCGAGGAGACACCGGCUACACGUCACCCGAAGUGGACGGAUCUGUCUCACUCAGAGGGGUGUCUUUUCGGUAUCCCAAUCGUCCGGAGCACUUAGUGCUGGACAAGAUCGAUCUCGAAGUGAGUCCAGGUCAAUACGUUGGCCUCGUUGGCCCUAGUGGAAGUGGAAAGAGCACCAUUAUCGCUCUGCUCGAACGUUUCUUCGAUCCUGAGGAGGGCCAGGUCAUGGUUCAAGGCACCAAUGUCAGGAAUUGGAAUGUCAAGAACCUCCGUAGCCACGUGGCCCUGGUCAACCAGACGCCAACGCUGUUCGACGGAACCAUUUACCAAAACAUUGCAAAGGGGGUAGAAGACGAAGGGCCGUCCGAGGAAGACGUCGUCCAGGCAUGCAAAGACGCCAACAUCCACGAGUUCGUCCGCUCGUUGCCAUUUGGACUCAAUACACUCGUCGGUGCACGAGGGACCAUGCUGUCGGGCGGCCAGAAGCAGAGAAUCUCAAUCGCACGGGCUUUGCUACGAAAUCCCAAGAUCCUUCUGCUUGACGAAGCAACAUCGGCGCUAGACUCGGAGUCCGAGAAAGUGGUGCAGGUCGCUUUGGAUGCCGCAGCUCGUGGCCGAACGACGAUUGCAGUUGCGCAUAGGAUCAGUACGGUCCGAAACGCCGACUGUAUUUAUGCAGUGCUGGAUAAUGGCCGCAUCGUAGAAACGGGAACACACGACGACCUGAUGGAGAUUAAAGGCAAAUACUACGACAUGGUCCAGCUUCAGAGCCUCGAUCAAAAUUCCUGAGUCAUGCUCAGCACAUGGCCGAGUAUGUGUGCAGCCCGCUCAAAGAUGGCCACAUUUGCUGGUAUAUACGAGGCAUGGUGGAGACAACGAGUAUGUUUGUCUGUACGGCGGAGGAUCAGUUAAUCGGCCGUUGAUAUGCCGCUUGCGCGAGAGGAGGCUGCUGGUGCUGCUGCUGUCGGUCCAGGCCUUUUCCAACGGUAUUGUUGCUGCUGGAAAAGGGGGUAGCAAGAUGUCAUUGCGCAUACAAGUCGACCCGUUGCGGGAAGCUCGUGGCUGUAGGAGGUAGUCCAGUCGAGUCCUGGUCAGAAUAAAGGUGGUAGACGCCUCCAAGUGAGUAGAUUUUCCGGGCGAAUAAUGGGAUGGCGAGACG